AUUUCGUAAACAAGUUUCUAAGCUUUUAAUAAUGUCUGAACAUUAUUUAAAAGGAUUACAAACGACUAAGACUUAAUCAAGCUAUAAAACAAUCAAGCUAAAUUAUUGUUUGUAACUGUAAUCUAAGUUUAUAACAUAAUAAAAAUAGAGCAACUCUGUCUCCAUCUUUGUUAUACACAUAAAUACAGUAUAACAUACUUUCCUUCUCAUUUUCCCUCUAAAAAAUAGCAAUAGAUAGAAUUAAUUCAUGAUAAUAAUUUUAAAACUUUUUUUAAUAUUUUUAUAUAAUUUUAGUAACCCACACUGUAAUAUCUAAGUUGAUAGGUUUUCUAUCUCACAGCCAUUUUAUUCAAUUUAUAAGCGUGCCAUUUUAUUUCAAAUUCUAGGCAGAUAUAAUCUAAGAUAAAUAUUAUUUCAGUCAGCCUAAAUAGAUAUAAAUUUUUAUUGUGUUAACUGUUUGCCACAAAAUAGAUAAUAUAUGUUCUAUGAAUUAAUCAUGUCCUCUGAAGUGACUAUAAAUAAGCAGUGCACGUAUCAAUAUGAUUUUUUUAUUUUAAUAAUUAUUAUUCUCUCAUUAUUUAAUUCAUCUCAUUAUACAAUUGUGUCGUUAUAUUUAUUAAUUGUCUUGCUUAUUUUUUAUAUUGUAUAAUGCAAAUAAACUUCAACACAUUUCAUAGUUUCGAUAACUGAUAAAUAUCAACAAUUGCUAAUUUUUAGUACAUAUUCUAAAAAUUAUCAAAAAGUGUCAUUAUUUCAAUGGUACCAGUGUAGUGAAUGAAUAAAAUUAAGAGUUGAAUUAAUAAAAUUGGUAGUUGAUUUAAUAUAAAAUAUAGUAAUCGAAUGGUUUGACACUCAUUUGAACUAAUCAGGCGCUUAAUUCAAUUGAAUUCAAAUUAUUAGUCAUAUUAGUAACUGCGCGCAUCGCUACUGCAAUUCCACCAUAGAUUAAAGACCUUAUUGGAUUCAUUAUGUCUAAAAUUUUAUUUGAGGUUAUUUUUCAUUAAAAUGCACGUUUUUUAUUGUUGGUUGAAUAAAAGUAUUUUAAUUUUCUAACCAAACAAAUAAUAUAAUAUUUGUUAGUGCUAUUUAUACGAAAGAUUAGGCCAAAAUGGUGCGCCAUAAUAAUCAACUACCCAAUAAUUUGACGCAGUUACAAAAUUUAAUAAAAAGGGACCCUGGCUCCUAUAAAGAAGAAUUCCACCAGCAGCUUGCUCAUUUUGAAACAACAUUGGAAAUUUUUAACUUAAAUCCUACUCAGUAUAGUAAGAAAUUGGAUGAACAGGCUAUGUUUUUAGCUCAAGUGUCGCAAUGUUAUCUAAACGAAAUGAAAUUCUUUCCACAAAAAAUUGUAGACGUUCUGAAAACGCACAAUACAAUUUUACAUAAUGACAUGCGGUUAUCGUUGUGUAAAUGCUUAAUUUUGUUAAGAAACAAAAAUUUUAUUACCCCAUUCGAUUUAUUGGAAUUGUUCUUCCAGUUACUAAAGUGUCAAGAUAAAUAUCUAAGAGAUUUCUUAAAGACACACAUCAUAACUGAUAUUAAGAAUAUCAAUAUGAAACAUAAAGAUAUGAAAUUUAAUUCAACCUUGCAGAAUUUCAUAUUUUCAAUGCUACGAGAUUCGAAUGCCAGAGCAGCCAAACUUUCUCUAGAUAUUUUGGUAGAACUCUAUCAGAAAAAUAUUUGGAAUGAUCAUAAAACAGUUAAUAUCAUUGCUGACAUUGGAUGUUUUUCUAAAGUGACUAAAGUAAUGGUAGCAUCUUUAAAGUUCUUUUUAGGUAAAGAUGAAGAGGAAAAAGAAGACUCUGAUAGUGAUGAUGAGAUAGACCCAAGAGAUACAAUGAUAUCUAAUAAGUUUAAUAAAAAAACACGUAAAAGAGAGAAGAUGGUAGAAAAGGUGAAAAAGGUAGCAAAGAAAAUGAAAAAGAAAAAGCAGAAAGCUCCUUCAUUCAAUUUUUCAGCACUUCAUAUUAUCAAUAAUCCACAAGGAUUUUCUGAAAAGUUAUUUAAACAACUGGAGUCGUCAAAUGAGAGGUUUGAAGUUAAGUUAAUGAUGUUAGAUGUUAUAUCUAGACUAAUUGGACUACACAACUUAUUUCUAUUCAAUUAUUAUCCAUUUAUUGCUCGGUUACUCAUGCCACAUCAAAGGGAAGUUACUCGUAUUUUACAGUUUGCUGCCCAGGCCUCACAUGAGCUGAUACCACCAGAUGUAAUUGAACCUGUUAUGAAAGCUAUUGCAAAUAAUUUUAUAACGGAAAGAAAUUCUACUGAUGUUAUGGCUGUAGGCUUGAAUGCAGUAAGAGAAAUUUGUUCUCGCUGCCCUCUUGCUAUAGAUGAAGAUUUACUUAGAGAUUUAGUUCAAUACAAGAGUUAUAAAGAAAAAUCUGUAAUGAUGGCUGCUAGGUCACUAAUACAAUUAUACAGACAAUCAAUGCCCAAUCUUCUUCAUAAAAAAGAUAGAGGUAGACCAACAGAGGCUUCCUUAGAACUGAAGUCUAAAAAAUAUGGUGAAAUAGAAAUCAAAAGUCACAUACCAGGUUCAGAAAUAUUACUUGAAAAAUCACAACUUAAAGAUAAGAAAAAAAAUAUAAAAAAACAAAAGAAAGGUGACGAUUCAGACAGUGAGGAUUGGAUUGAUGUUGCAUCAUCAGAUUCAGAAAUAGAAAUACCAACAGACAGUGAAUAUAGUGACAAUGAAGGCAUUGAAGAAGAAGAAAGUGAUAAUGAAUGUGGUAAUAAUGAGGAUGAAAAUAUCAAUGAGUCUAGUAUAAAUAAUGAAGACACUCCACAAGAAAAUGAAUCUGUGAAUUUAAAAACUAGAAAAAUAUUGAAAGCAAAGCAUAAUAAAACACAUGAAAAAGAGGAAAAAACAAAACAGGCUCGUGAAAUAGCAAUGGAAACAAUAUUUACAGAUGAUGAUUUCAAACGUAUAGAAGCAGCACAAGUAAAAAAACAAAUUAAAGGAAUUAAACGAAAAAAUGUUAUUGAAGAAGAAACUGAUAGUAAUGGCGAACUCGUACAACUGUCAGCAAUAGAAAAUAUACACAAAAAACGUAAACAUGAUAAAAAUGCUAGGUUGGAAACUGUUAUGAAAGGGAGAGAAGAAAGGGAAAAAUAUGGCUACAAAGAUCGUAGAAAAAGUAUUAACUGUUCUAAAACAAAUAGAGAAAAAAGAAAAACAAAGAACUUCCAAAUGGUUAGACAUAAAGCUAAAGGCAAAAUCAAAAGAUCAUUCAAAGACAAACAAAUUGCUUUCCGAAAUUACUUGAUUAAGCAAAAGAAAAUGCGUUAAAAUUAGAUGAUGUAUAUAUGGAAAUAUAUAUUACACUAGUAGUAUAAUAAAGUUAAGAAUAUAUAAACUA